GGUUUUCGCUGCGUAAUUCUGUUCCCGAAAAUGUCUACCAUUUCUAAGUUGGAAAUUCGUGGAAUUCGAAGCUUUGGCGUGGAAAGCGAAGAUGUACAGAAAAUCAAGUUCCAAUCACCGCUGACGCUGAUCGUCGGUCAAAACGGCUGUGGUAAAACCACUAUUAUCGAGUGCCUCAAGUAUGGCUUAACGGGUGAAGUCCCACCGGGAACCGAUAGGGGUAAAGCUUUCGUACACGAUCCGAAGAUUUUCAACACCGUCGAGAGUUUGGGACAGGUCAAGCUUAUGGUAAAGGACAUCACGGGCAAUCGGGUGACAGCAACCCGCUCGAUGAAGGUUUCGCAUAAGGGCAAUACGAAGCAGGCCAAAUUUGAAACACUGGACUCGGUCGUUACGAUGGAGAAUGUGGCUACUGGCCAGAAGACGAACAUCUCGCGCCCCAGGGUAGCAGAUAUAAACAACGACAUGUGCGAUGCGAUGGGCGUCUCCAAGGCUAUCAUUAACAAUGUCAUCUUCUGUCAUCAGGAGGACUCGAACUGGCCGUUGGAGGAACCGAAAGAGUUGAAAAAGAAGUUCGACGCUAUUUUCGGCACCACCGAGUACAACCGGGUGAUCGAAAAGUUGAUUAAAAUAUCGAAGGAGUAUGGUGAUAGGCAGAAGGAGAAAGCGGGUGAUUUGAAACUGCUGGAGAAUAUUAAGAAUCAGGCAGAGUUGAAGCAGGUUCAGCUGGAGAAGGCCGAGCAAAAGAAGGAAGAUAAGCGUGGCGUGAUUGAGAGUUUGGAUGGUUCCCUGAAACCGAUCUUCGAUAGGUUGGAGCAGAUUGCUAAAAUCGAACGCGAUUUUUCCAAACUAAAGCAGCAGGAGAUUGAGUACACUUCAAAGAUUAAUACAAAAGAGGAACAGCAAAAACAGUUGCGUUCAAAAAUUCGCACGUUGUUUACUGGUUCGUUGUCGGAGCUGGAGGUGGAAAUCCGAACCUUUCAGCAGUCUAUGGAUUCCAAGCGUUCGGAACUGCAUGAUACCGAGUGUGAUUUAGCUUUGCGCAAAGGACAAGAAAAGGUGCUUCAGAACAAGUCGAGAGAUUUGGAAACUCAGCGGGUUCAGUUGAUUUCGAAGCGCCAGCAGGAGCAAGAGCUCAACGGGGACCGAGCUAAGAAAGUCGAAGAACUUUGCGUUCGAAUGAAAUUGCCAACUGGAGGAGAUUACGAGACGGAUAGUCUGGCAUUGGAGGGGGCCGUAAAAGCGAUUAAGCACGGAAUACGUUCGGAGGAAAGUGAACUUCAGGCAAUGAUUAGAUCGCACGACGAAGCGGAUCAGAAAGCCCAACGAGCGGUCGAUAAACUGCGAGAAGAGAAGGCCAAGCUAGAGGCAGAUUUCCGACAGAAAGGUCAGUUGGUGGCCGAUUUUGCUCGGGAAAAAGCUCAAACGCAAUCGGAGAUUGCGGUCAUUGAACGAUCCGCCGAGAUGCUGAAGAAGUUGGUUUCCGAUAUCGAAAAACUCGAACAGGAGUACGAAAACCAAAAGGCCAACUCUAACAUUGACGGAAUGCGCCAGCAGUUGGUCGGAAAGAAGAAUAAACGGGAAGAGCUGCAGAGCCAACUGGAUCGGGUUGAGGAACAAAUUUUCGCUCUCGAUGCUGUCGCAACCAAAGCCACCGAGCUUGGCCUGAAGGAGCAACAGAUGAAUGGAAAGGAGGCUGAAUUUCGGCGAGUACGGAGCAAACAUUCCGAUAAUCUGAAGCGGCUGUUUCCGAGCAGAACCAUCGAAGCUAACUACAAACGUAACGUGCAAGACUUGUACGACGACCUACAGAGACAGAUCAAGCAGCUGAACGAAUCCACACGUCGGUCACAGGCAACCGUUACCGAGAUGGAAACUACCAGGCGCUCGCAGAAGCGCGAUCUGGAACGCAUGGAGAAGGAAUUCGCCGAAAAUAAGGAGAAAAUAUACGCCGCCUGUCAGGGAAAUUCGUAUGAGGACGUGCUGGCGAAACUGAAGGAGAAAAUAACGAAAAACAAUUUGGAACAUGGCGAGCUGCGCUCCGCCGAAGUUCUCUACAAGAAAUAUAUCUCCCGAAUUGAGGACGAUCGCUGCUGUCCAGUUUGCCACAAGGAUAUGGCCGGUUCGGAUGUGCAGGAUAUCAGUGCGGAGCUGUCCGAUGAAAUUCGACGCUUGCCGGAGAAAAUCGAAUCUCUAGAAAGGCAACUGAAGUCGGAUCAAGUGAAAUAUGACCGUCUGCUGGCUUUGCAACCUUACUCGGAGCGUGUAGAGAAGCAAACGACCGAGAUUCCGAAGUUAAAGGAGCUGCUACAAGAAACGGAACGCCGUUUGAUGCAAGCUUCUGCCGAUUUGGAGGAAUAUCAAAUGUCAAUCAUAGAGCCUAACUCUAGUGUUCAGCUGAUCAAUUCGAUUCUUGGUGACAUGAGCAUUCUGGACGAAUCAGCUAAGGAUUUGGAACGUAUGAAAAAGGGUAUUGCUGAGUUAAAGCAGGAGUUAGCAGAAAGGAUGCCUCAAGGAAGCAACUCAUCCUUGGAAGAUUUAAAGUUGGAACGUGAGGCUGUUCGCGCGGAGUUACGAAACGAGCGCAAUGCCGUAGAUGCUCUGCAAACCAAGAUUGACGAAGAAACAGAGCGGUUGAACGGCUUACAUCAGCGGUACAAUCAAAUGAAGGAAAAAAAGAUCAAACUCCAGGAAUCGAUUCAAUCGUUGGAUCAGAAAAAAGCAAAAGAAGUGGAACUGGGUGCAAAGAUAAUUGCCUGCCAAAAAGAGAUGGACGAAGCGGAGCGAAAGCUUGGACCGGUUCGGCAAAACUUAACCAAAGAAGAGGACACAAAAAAUAAAACUAAGGAGGAAAACCGGGUCAAAGUGAAUAAGGCACAAAUUUCACUGGAACAGUUGAAGCGAAUGGAUGGUGAAAUUGGCCGGUUGGGUAAGGAAUUGGAGGCUUUAGAGAAGCUUAAUCUAGCCGACGAGAUACAGAAGCUGAAGCGAAAGCUGCAAGAAACCAGUGAAGACAUGAAAAAAAUUAACAAAAGCAUCGACGAAACUAGUGCUCAGAUCGAUGCUUUAAAGAAGGAGAUCUCCAACCAGGACAUGUUAGAACGUGACUUCCUAGAUAACCGUGACCUCAAAAAAUUGACUGCCGAAACCGAGGUAUUACAGGAUAAGCUUAGCACGUUGAUGCGCAGCAUCGGCGACUUGGACGCACCGAAUAUUUCCAAGGAGCGCAAUAAACUGCUAGAGCAACGGGACGCUAUUCAGGCUAAGAAAAGUGAAAUCACAGGGCAAAUGGCGGAGUUGGAAAAUCAAGCUCGCGCUUUGAAGAAGGAAUUGGAACGUUCGGAGUUUAAGCACGCCGUUCAAAAUUACUUGAAAACGUUCAGCGAAUCGGUGGUGCUGCGAAAGCUCAUUAGCGACAUUUUGAAGUAUCGAAAUGCUCUGGAGUGGGCACUGAUGAAGUACCACACGGAAAAAAUGGAACAGAUUAAUCGGUCGAUUUCUGCGCUGUGGAGGGAUAUUUACCGGGGCAAUGACAUCGACUGCAUUUCCAUUAAAACAGAAGACGAAUCGAAGGCGGAAAGUAAAACAGUUGAGAAGCGUCGCGUGUAUAACUACCGCGUUGUUCAGGCCAAGAAUGGUGUGGAAAUAGAUAUGCGGGGUCGCUGCAGUGCCGGUCAGAAGGUGUUGGCUUCGUUGAUUAUCCGGAUGGCGCUGGCGGAAACGUUCAGCAACAAUUGCGGCGUGAUGGCGUUGGAUGAGCCAACUACCAAUCUGGAUCGGGAAAAUAUUGGUUCCCUGUGCGAGAGUUUGCGGAGUAUUGUCAGUGAGCGCGAGAGCGGUAAUUUCCUGCUCAUUAUUAUCACUCACGAUGAGGAAUUUGUCACUAAAUUGGAGAAAUUUGAUACUUAUUACCGGAUUUCGCGGGAUCAUAAUGGCAAAUCAGUCAUCAAGGAAGAGCAACUGUAAACUAACAGCCCUUGAUUGGAUAAAUGCGGUCAUAUUUGAUGCUUGUUACUUCAUACAUUUCCAUAUUGUUAAUUUAUUCGUUUACUAAA